AUGAAUCCCAAAGACGUUCUAAUGAAGGCCGUUCAUUGUGAGCGUGACAAACGUUUGCUACAAUCGCAACACUACUAUCAACUGGGCCUUGAACUGUUAAGGGAAUUUCUUCACAUCGAAAGAAAUUCAAAGAUUGCAAAACGAUAUUACGAACACAUUGGCCAAUAUAUUCAACGAUCCAAAAAAGUAGACCGUCAAAUAGCUCAACUUUUAAAAACUGGAGAAUUUUUAGAAUCGAUUCGUAUACACGAAAAUUCUGAAGGUCAUAGCUAUGAAACAAUGAUUGGAAAAUAUUUCGAUGGCGAAGUUAAUGAAAUCUAUUUAGAAGAACCAUAUUUCCAGCAACUUUAUCAAUUGGAAAAUUUCAUAAUAUUUUUAGAAAUGGCUGUCAAAAAGUGUCCCCGAUUGAAAUUCAUAAAAUUGGUUACGAAUCGUGUACGAUACGAUAGUUAUUUUCGAGAUCUACAAACGAAUUUACGUGAAAGAGGUAUUGAACUCGUUGUUGAUCGGGAUCAGCAUCUGCACGAUCGAAAGGUAGCGUUAAAUACGGGUAUUGUUAUAAAGAUUGGUCGCGGUUUACAUAUUUUCAAGGCGGCCAAUUCACCCUUCUCAUUGGGUAUAAUGGAUUAUGAUUUUCGUCGCUGUUUAAAAACUGAUGUCGAUAUAUGGCGUUCAGCAGCAAAGGCGUGA